AUGACCGGAAAUUCCUCCUCCUCCAACGCCUCUCGCUCAAAGAAAUGGAGGGAGCGGACUCGACGCCUCGAAAACGAUUCGCAAAUACGGAUCAAUAACAUCAUCGGAACUACUAUAGGGUGGGAACGAUCAUACGAUGGCAAAGUAUUGAUCGGGGAAAGCUCAGUGGUGGGCAAGAUGAACGAUGCGGCGCACCUCAAAGACAUCAAAGGCCUCAUGGAGGCAGACCUCGCGGCUGUGUACUGGUGCGACGGCGGCGAAAAGAGGGGGUCCAAGGAGACGGGGUUCAAAGAUGCGUUGGGUGCAGGCGUAGUGUGGAUGGAGGAGAGGGUGUGGAGGGAGAAGGCAUAUCCGUUGGGCAAGGACACGGGAGAUUCCAUGGAUGCGGAGGUGUUCGGACUUGCGGCCGCAUUGCGGCUUGCGCAGGAUACGGCGGAUGAAAAGCCGUGGUUGAGGGUCGUUCGGAUCUUCUCAGAUGGUCGGCGGGUGCUGGAGGGACUGCGCGACGGAUACAUCAGGUCCCUCGGACCGGCUGUCUCGUCACCCUGGGCACUCACGCAGGUUUACAAUGUCACGAGAGCACUUGUACGUCGUGGCAUUACUGUCGAGCUUGUCUGGGUGAAGGGACAUGCAGGGUCUGAGGGGAACUAUCGCGCUGAUCUGGCGGCGAGGAAUGGAUGGAGCAUGGAGGCGAGACAGGUGGAGGAGAAGGGGUGGGUGAAGAUGAGUAAAGUCCCAGCACAGGUGGCGCAGAUGGGCAGCGAUGCCAGGGAAGAGUGGUAUUGGAGGGUGAACAAGGCGGGGCUGCGUGAUGGGAAGGAAAAGAGUGAUGAUGAUCAGCGUGGAAGAAAUAUGGGCGCGCCAUCUCUUCUUUCUUCUGACCCGGUUCCCCAUGGGAACGGGGAUGACGAGGAUGACGAGGAUGACGAGGAUGGCAACGGGUCCAUCGACAUGGACAUAUCCGACGAAGACGAGUAG